UUGUGUACCGUUUAGAAACAACGUGGGCGUCGCGUGUUAGCAAGAAAUGGCGGCAGGUUCGAUUUCUGAGACGGAAUUCAACGAACUUGUGAAAAAAAUUAUUCAGAUAUCACAAGCUAAUAACGAUUCCUGGGAAAUACGGAAAUCUCCUCAUGAUGAGAGUAUUUACCUGGUGAAAAGACAGACAGUGAAUAUCUCACCCGAGGAUCAACAGAAUUUAACUGAUACAGACAGAUCAGAUAUAAACAGUUUAGAAUCUGUAUCAGUUGAAGAGACCAAUGAUCCAAGCUGUCUACAGUAUGUGAAUCCAGUGAAGAUAUUAACCUAUGAUUAUCAUAUCGUCUACAGUUCUAGCUAUAGUGUUCCUGUUUUAUAUUUUAACGUUUAUCAACCAAGUGGGCAACUUGUAUCAUUAGAAGAUAUAUGGAGUCUAGUUCCUGAUAUUUAUCAACAACAAUUACACACAGAUAAAUGGUCUAUAUUAACACAACAGAUUUAUUGGUGUCUUUGUUGGUUCAUAUCCAUCAAAAUAAAAUAUAAAAUAAAGUUAUCUCCCUUUUAUUUGUCUAUGAGAGAAACUCCUGGGCAGGUUUGUUCAAUCAUGGAUCUUAUAAUACAUGAACAUCCUAUACUAGGUCGACCAUUUUAUCAACUCCAUCCCUGUCUUACUGCCAUGAUGAUGAAAAACAUUCAAACUAUUGGAGAUGAGAGGAAGAAUUAUCUGAUUUCAUGGCUCAGUUCUGUUGGUCCAGUUGUUGGAUUAAAAUUACCUCUAAUUUAUGCCCAGACUUGAAGAUAUUGCGUAGAAACUGGUAGGAUCUUGAAGAAUCCAUGCUUGUGAUUGGACAGUGAUAUCUACAUUACCUCUAAUUUAUGCCCAGACUUGAAGAUAUUUUGUAGAAAUUGGUAGGAUCUGGAAGAAUCCAUGCUGGUGAUGGCAGAAUCAGGGCCGCAUUAAGGGUCGGGGUGGGGGUGAUUGUCCUGACUGUGAUGCAUUGAGGAUGCUUAAUAUUAAAGGGGUCACCAAAUUAGUUAAAAAUUUUAUUUUUAUAUAACCUAAUAUAGCACAUAAGUUUAUUUAUUAUGUUGUAGCCUAUAUGUUUGUGCCAAGUAAGUCGAUCUAAGUAAAAUGCUGACAUACAAAUUGCAUUUGUCUGAGUAAAGGACAAUGGCCGGAAUUAGCCCCCUUUUCACUGUUGAUGCAAGGGCCCCAGUAAUAUUUACAGCAAGGGGCCCAUUGCAAGUUUAAUCCGCCAUAGAAGGACCAGCGGCCAUAUUCACUUGAUUUGUUUCACUUUUGCCCCCUUUUCACUUUUGAUGCAAGGACCUCAGUGACAUUUACAGCAAGGUGGCCAAUGUAAGCUUAUAAUGCGCCCUAGAAGGACCAGCGGCCAUAUUUACUUUAUUUGUUUCACGAUUUUUUACUAUUAUUUAUUGAUUAAAAUAAAUAUGUAUAAAUCUA